AUGGUUGAAGUCGAAGCAGGAAAUAUUCACGACGAAUACCCUCAGUUUAAUGAGUGUGUCCCGGAAGCUGUAUCAGGCGCAUCCGGCUUACCGACUUCACUGAGCUAUUUGAUAUAUCCAAAGAAAGUAUGGCAUCAGAACAAAACAGAAGAGGUGGCCAGAGCAUGA